UCGCUCGAUGGGAUAAUGACGGUGACGAGUUUUGGUUGUUUAAUUUCCGAACGAGUGCAUUUCAAACUGCAUGCAAAUGUUUGGGAGGACAUCCCUCGGGGAGAGGAUGUGGCGAGCUGUGGAGAUGACAGGAAGUUUGACGAUGUUAGUGUGCAAAGUGACAGCUACCGAGCAAAGAUGGAGGACGUGCAGCUGUACUCCAAGUCAAAGGCUCUGCAGAUGAACACGACGAAGGAAAUUCUACAAAGCUCAAAGUUCGUUUCAAAAUGGAAAAAUCACACCGAUCUACGCCUGCUGGACAUUGGCUGCGGCGAUGGCGAAGCCCUGGUCAGGCUGGUACUCCCGUUGGUUCCCCGCUACAGCAGCGUGUUGGCGAUCGACAUUCUGGAACCGAUGAUUCGAGCAUCCCGGGACAGCUUCGGCUCGGUUCCGCGGGUAAGCUUUCGAGUGUUUGACAUUGCCACGUACGAUGCGGCGGCUAUCAAGCAUUUGGGCAAGUUUAGCCACAUUACGUCGAACUUUUGUCUGCACUGGAUCAAGGACCAGCGACAGCUGUUCAGCAACAUCUUUAAACUGAUGCUUCCCGGAGGGCAGCUGAUGGCGACACUGCUGCUGGACACCGAACUCAGCAAAGCCGUGCGAGAGCUGGCCACCAUGGAUAAGUGGGCACCGUUUAUGGAGAACUGGAGAAGCUAUCCGUCGGUUUACGCUCAAAACGCUCAGUGUGAUUAUUCGAUAAGAGAACAGCUCGAGCUGGCUGGUUUCGAGCAGAUUGAAGUGGAAAUUAAACUACAAAAGUUUGAUUUCAAACGGGAAAGUCAACUGAAAGAUUUUCUACAAUCGGUCAAUCCAUUUGUUCAACGAAUGCCACUUUGCUUGAAAGAUGAGUAUAUUAACGAGUUUAUGAUAGCGUGUCUAAAAAAUAUGACAAAACUGAAAGUAACAUUUGAAAUGAUUGUGUUAAGUGCCAUUAGACCCACCAGUUUUAUUUAAUUUUUUUAUUUGAAUUUAUAAACUAGGAUUUUUUGUUAACUACAGCUGAAGCAAUAAACAAUAAUUAAAAACUUUUAAUAAUCCGAGUUUUGAUUUACAGUAUUCUAAAACAACAAAAAAACAUCAUCUGACAAUAUACCAGCAGUUUAAACAUAGACCUAUUUCGUAGAUAACUGCUCUAUUCCUCUCCUUUUAUUCCAAUACCAAAAACAGCAAAUCUCAUCAAAACAGUAACGCAUUCCGCAAUCCCAACGUUUAUUCGCUCCACUUUAUGGAGUGUGCUUAAUUUGGGGACCAAGCUUCCCAAGAAGAAGAAAAAAAAAUCAUCAUCAUCAGUUAUGUCCAUCAUCGUGUCGAUUCGAUGUCACCAUCAUCCUUGGCGCCAUUGUUUUUGUUUUUACCCCGCUAACCUUUUCCUAACACCCCACCCCUGCAAACAUAAACACACGCAAAUACUUCCCAUUAGAAGAAGCAUGAGAUGUGACGAAAUUAACCCCCAACUGCCCCUCGCUUCCUGGUCUAACAUGACGGCGAUGUCGUGCUAUCUUGUCGCAUGUCGUUUUCUGUCGUUUCAAGAAAAACGUUAUUUAAUGUUUGACCUUGAAUAAACGAAAACAGGAGCACCCAAUGUAAACAAUAAUAAACAAGCUUUGUUUGGCCUACCAUUCAGUGCAUUGCCUCAAAGUUUGGUUUAAUUUGGUUGCCGGAAGUCCCGAGUUACAAUUACAAAUAUUUACGGUAGUCGGGCUUGAACGUGUGUCAAACGCGUUCUGAUCUGAAUUCCCUUUGGCCAGUUGUCGCACUAACAGCAAUUGUUUGGGUGUGUCAAGGUAGCACGACAAGAUUGAAACUUCUUUCAUAUGAAAAGUGAUAUAAUGCACAAAUGGCGUUCUUAACUCAAUUUGGCCCAACAUGCACGUGUGACAAGGUAGCACGACAACGACGAUGUGUAAGACUGUGCCGUUGCCGGCCUACGGCAUGUUGAAAUUGCGUAAUAAAGUGACUUGAAAAAGGAUGCUGUUUUAGCGAGGGAAGGGGCGAUAUCUAAUUAGAAAUCAUGUUUUAUGGACCAUCCCGGAAAGGAGGUUGAGGGUUAAGCGGGCGCAAAUGGAAGCCUCCUGCUCCGGUUUCCGGGGGUAACGAGCCGGAAGCUGGGAAGCUUCCAGGGGAAGGAUUUAGAUCGAAUCUUGCCGUAUACCGAUGGUUAAGCUUAAUUGGUCUGAACGAAAUGAAAUAGAAUGUCGAUGAGGGUGGGAUGGUUGGCUAAUCGAUUUCAA